UGCUAAACGCGAUUAUAUGAUUCUGCUUAAAACGCGAUUUAUGGAAAAACAAUUGCACGUUUUUUCUCUUUGCCGAGAACUAAGCAGAGCAAAUGCACAUCAGCUAGCAGACAAAUGAAGUUGGGCAAAAAUCUCACAGAAACCCUAACGAAAACCCCCAAAUCAAAUUAGAAAAAGGAAGACAGUGUUAAUAAUCAAUUCGGAUUCGGAUUCGGAUUCGAAAAUGGGAGAAUCGGAGGGAAAAGCAGCGCAGAUUUCACUGAAAGAUCAGGGAAAUGAAUUUUUCAAAGCAGGGAAUUAUCUCAAAGCUGCAGCUCUUUAUACUCAGGCUAUUAAGCAAGACCCAUCUAAUCCCACUCUUUACAGCAAUCGAGCUGCAGCAUUUCUAAAUUUGGUAAAACUUAGCAAAGCUCUUGCCGAUGCAGACACAACUAUCACUUUGAAACCAGAUUGGGAAAAGGGUUAUUUCAGGAAAGGAUGUGUUCUAGAGGCUAUGGAACGAUACGAAGAUGCCUUAGAUGCUUUCCAAGUUGCCCUGAAGUACAACGCAAAAAGUUCCGAGGUGGCCAAAAAAAUCAAGAGGCUAACACAAUUGGCAAAAGAUAAGAAACGAGCACAAGAAGUGGAAACUAUGAGAACAAAUGUUGAUAUGUCAAAACAUUUGGACUCCUUAAAAACUGAACUAUCUGGAUUAUAUGGAGCCGAAGAUGGUUCGAAGGAGGUUUUCUCUUUCCUCGUCGAAACAAUGGAGAAUGCCGUAAAAUCUUGUCAUGAAACUUCAACUGUGGACCCUAGAGUUUAUUUCAUGCUUAACAAGGAUAAAACAGACACCGAAAAAUAUGCUCCAGUUGUCAAUAUUGAUAAGGCAUUUGAAUCACCACACACACACAACAAUUGUUAUUCGUUCCUCAGAGAGUAUGCGGAUGAUUCGUUCUCUGGAGCUGCUUGCUUAGUAGCUCCCAAAAGUAUAAUAUCUUAUCCCCAGGUGUGGAAAGGCCAAGGAUCAAGAAAAUGGAAGCAUGGGCAAAGUGAUGGUUUCUUUUUCCAAUUCGAAUCACCUUUGCUUCGGAAAGUAUGGUUUGUUUCCAGUACAUACGAGAAGGGCCGAACCUUAUGCAGGGACCCUGUUGAAUUAGACAUCAGUGUGCAUGAAGUUCUUCCUCGUGUAUUCAAGCAGACAUAAAACAUUUGCACAAGCCGUGAUCUCGAUUGUGAUGAAGAUUCGUUUGAGGGGACACUUGUCCAAAUUAUGGAGCUCAUAAUCAGAAGUAAAAUAGAUAUUACGUGACGAUGUGCAAUCUGUUUAUAAGAAGCUUCCAAAUUCACCCGGACGAAGGUACGAUUUCUGGAUUCACUGGGAGUUGCUGCAAUUAACGGAGGCUUUUAGUUGUAGAAAAAAAACCGGGAUUUCAUUGUGGCAGUUUUGUUGUUUUGUGUGAUUCAGAUUUGUUCUCUUAGAUUACUCCUUUUGCCCCUACUUUUGCUUUUCUUGAUUUAUCAGCCAACGUUUGAUUUAAUGGUUCAUCUAUCUUGAAAUUACCUACUCGUGUAACACUGGCUUUUGGCUCGUUAAAUAUAGUGAAACAAUCGUCACUUAAUGUUA